AUGGAUUAUUCUCCUGCUCGCGAUGGUCUGCAAGAGCGAUACCCACUUUUCAAGCCCCCAAGUCCAAGUCAAUCCGAAAGUAUCAGUGAUUAUUUCGAUGAUGGUUUGGACGAAGGCAGUCUCAAUAACUUGGUUGAUAACAUCGAUCGGCAUGCGCAAUACCCAUCCAUUCAGGCUCAAAACCUACCCUUCGAAAGCAAUGAUCAACAGUCUGACAGAUACUAUUCACCUGUGCCUCAGAUGAGUAGGAACUCGUUUAACCGGAAUUCAUCCACCGAAUUCCCAGAUCAAUAUGAGAGUCAGUCCGUCUACCCAGAUAACCCCGCUGUCGAUUCAACUUACCAAGACAACCAUUACCAACCAGUCGGACCUCAUAGACCUCGUGUUUCUGGACCAAAUUUAAUCCCUGUUACCGCAUUGCCCGAGCCUUACACGGACUUCUUUAGUUUCAGUCACUUUAACAGUGUACAAAGCGAAUGUUUCCCAACAGUUUACGGGACGAAUCACAACGUUUUAACAAACGCUCCCACAGGAAGUGGAAAAACGGUAAUCUUCGAAUUGGCAAUCUUAAGAAUGCUGGAAUACAAUCAAGUCUCGAAAGGGGUCUAUAUGGCUCCUACCAAGUCAUUAUGCGCGGAACGAUUUCGAGAUUGGAGUACACGGUUUGGUUCGCUCGGGGUAAAAUGCGUCGAGUUGACGGGCGACAGCGAGAAUGCUGGACUAGCUGAUGCCAAGCUUGCAAAUCUUAUCAUCACCACGCCUGAAAAGUGGGACAGUAUGACUAGGAGAUGGUUUGAAUUCUCCAAGCUCCUGAACAAAAUCAGACUGGUUUGCAUCGAUGAAGUUCAUAUGCUAAAUGAAGAGCGCGGCAGUGUCCUCGAAGUGAUAGUGGCACGCAUGAAAACACUUGGAACUAAUAUACGACUGAUCGCACUCAGCGCGACAGUACCGAAUAUAUCAGAUGUGGCCGAGUGGCUAGGAGACGGUGGGGUCGCAGAUCAAAAUGAAAUGGCAUUGACAGGCCAAGCGCCAGCGAAGACUUUCAUCUUUGGCGAGGAACACAGGCCGGUCAAAUUAUCCAAAUUCGUAUAUGGCUAUACUCCAUGCACUAAUAAUAGUGAAAUGUUUAAUUGCCUGGAAUCCAGGUUGAUGGAUCAUAUCACGACUCACUCGUCUGGCAGACCAACUUUGGUAUUUUGCGGCACCCGCAAAAGUUCGUUGCAAGCAGCCGAGACUCUGUCGAAAUCUUAUCAAAAGAUGUCAAGUCAGGGGGAAAAACUCCCAUGGGAAGCUCCAAAAAGUGCAGGAACAUUUAGUGAUAAGAAGUUGACUGAACUCGGCGCUCAAGGGAUUGGAGUCCAUCACGCUGGUCUUGACCAAUCUGACCGCAGGCAAAUCGAAAGCCUCUUUACGUUGAACAAAAUAUCCGUUUUAUGCACCACCUCAACGCUGUCCGUUGGCGUUAAUCUUCCAGCUAGGUGUGUAAUUAUUCGCGGGACCAAAACUUACCGAGGUGGAACGAGCAGUAGAGAUGGAUUCGAAGAUUACAGCGAAUUGGAUUUGAUCCAAAUGAUGGGAAGAGCAGGAAGGCCUCAGUUUGACGAUGAGGGCGUGGCGGUGGUGAUGACUUCCCAAAAUGACAAAAUGCGGAUUGAAAAACUGGUCAAGUCGGAGACCAUGUUAGAAUCUUGCCUUCACUUGAAUCUCACCGAGCACAUCAAUUCCGAGAUUUAUAUGGGGACCAUCAUCAGUCGCAGUUCGGCCAUUGAUUGGCUUGAAAAUUCAUUCUUAUCUGUACGGAUAAAAAAAAACCCGAAGCAUUACUCAAUCAGUGACGACCAAGUUGCGCCGGACCAACAGUUAGGAAAAUUUGCAGGCGCCGCUUUGGAUCUUCUAUUAGAGGAUGGAUUGAUCGAGGAAGAUGAAGAUCAGGUGAUUCGGCCAACAGAACUUGGUGAAAUAAUGUCAAAGUUUUGCCUCCGACACAAAACAUUCUUAGGACUCGCCCGGAUGAAAUCGAGUGCUACGAUGAGGAAUAUCUUGGAGAUUGUGUCUGGCGCGGAGGAAUAUUGUACUUUGAGGCUCAGGGCAGGUGAAGGGGUAGCAUACAAGGCCCUCAAUUCACAUCCUGAAAUGAAGUGCCCCAUUCCUGGAAAGAUUACACAAACCUGGCAGAAGGCGGUCCUUGGCGGUAUCCCCUUAGCUGAGGUCAAGGUCGAGAACGCCAACCCACUGAUGGAAGUCAACAUAAUUUGGCAACAUCUGCCCCGAAUUUGUAAAUGUCUUGUUGCGCUGUCUAUUUCACGACACGAUGCUGCAAUUAAAAGCUGUUUAGAAUUUUUACGAUCAGUCACAGCCAAAGCUUGGGAUGAUUCACCGUGGGUGUUGCGCCAGCUCGAUUCGAUCGGGGAGAAGUCCGUCAAGCGCUUUGUAGAUGCAGGAAUUGCAACAAUCGAUAAAUUACAAAAUACAUCCAAUCACCGGAUAGAAAUGAUACUUGAUCGGAACCCCCCUUUUGGGACCAGAAUUGUCCGCCAAGCACGCUCUAUGCCUAAGUUCUUUUGCACGAUGGAAACGAUAUCAGAAACUGUUGUUCCAGAAGGCGUACAAGUCUGCGUUGAAAUUACUGUAGGACUAUCAGAUACCGGCGAAACCCCUGUUUGGAAGUGGAAGAACUACAUACUGAUGGCCACCGUGCUGGUCAUGACAAAUGAUCAGGAAUGGAUUGAGUUUCGAACAAUCCAGGUGAAAUUGCUCCGCGAAACAAAACAAUUCAACGUUGAAUGCAUCCUGGUAAAGCCGUCCCAAACGAUUGUCACUCAAGUCGCAUGCACCCAGCUAGCUGGAAUCGGCGUGAGCAGUCGCUGGAAGCCCCGCACAUCGAGAGAGCACUAUCCAAAACCAAAAACAAUCACCGAUGAUCAAGCCGCCUCAAUUGAAGUGUUGCAAGGAUUGAAUACAAAAGACUUGGCGGCAUCGAGCACUGAGUCCGAAUGUGAAUUCUUAGAGAAACCACCGAAGUCCAUGAGCAAAUCUUCGACUCAAAUUGCACGUCCAGUGCACAAAGCGGAUAAAGUUUGCCCAAAGUCACAAGCACCUAAUGGAACAGCCGAGCCCAAGCGACCUGUGACUGAAGUUAGAGAAAGAUUGAAAAAUGGGCGGUACAAGUGCGCUCACAGAUGCAAAGGAGCAUGCCAUCACGUUUGCUGUAGGGACGGGGUUUCCAAGCCGCCAAAGAUCCGUGAAGCCAACAAGAUUUCUCUAGCGAAUUCAACUGAUUCUCAAUAUUCGGGAAGCCAAAAAUCGUUGCCCUUGAAUCCCAUCAGGACGACGAACAUCACUCGAACCCCUGAGGAUUGGCAAAAGAUUCGGCAAGCUGUACCAGGUAGCUCUUUUCACGCGAAUCAACCGAAGCUCAGUGGAAGAAUUAAACCCAUCAAAAAAAUCCCUGAAGCUAUACAGGUGGAUCGCCAUGAUGAAUUGCCAUCUUUGGAGGAGCUGCAAGAGAUGUCGACUAUAGAGACAGAGAAAACGCGCCCCUCGAAAGGAAUUGGGGGAGGAAAUGAUCGUAAGGCUGAGGUCCGAUCGCAGCAUGGUAAUGAGAAAGAGUUGGAUCCGGUUCCAAAAACUGCAAAGAGGCCAAAGGAAGUCGUUGGAAUAGAAAAGUUCCGAAAUAUGAAAAAAAUUGUGGAGGAUUUUGACGAACGCGGAAUAUUCCAUCAACAAAAAGAAAUCCCCAUACCUCCGCCUGUCAAUCUUCCAGACGUCGCAGUGGUCGAAGAUACGGAACCUCGAGAUUCGAAAAGUCUCUCCCUAUCCCCCGACAUUAGCUUUCCACCUUGUAAUAAUAGCCACAAUGACGAAGAGAGACCUCAGGCGUCAGAAGGAGAAGAUGAGACAGAUGAGCUUGACGAAGAUUGGGACAUCAAAAUUUUCGAAAGUUAUUUGGCUCCGGAAGAGUCCCGCAAGGCUUUGGAGGCCAAGGAGUCUGCAGUGACGAAACGGCAGAUCGAUCAAUCCUAUGGAAACCACUCCGGUCCAACACCCAAGAAACAGAAGCUAACUACAACGGAAUACUUCAAAAGCCUUUCACCUCCAGACAACGAAGAAAACUGGCCUCAAUAUCCGUCGAGAGAUAAUUCGAAGGAUCCACGAGAGAAUGCAGAUGAUCAGUCUCCUAGACAACCGACUUUUACUAGGGAAGGAGAGGCCCAAGCCGAGUCAGAGAAGGCCCCGGAAGAUGAUGAGUAUGAUGAGCUUGAUAGUGAUGACUCCAUGACGGCUAGGAUGGAUGAAGUUUUGGCCUGGGCUGAGUCCCACGUGAUAAAAGAAUGA